AUGCGCCGCCGCCUGUGGCUGGGCUUGGUCUGGCUGCUGCUGGCGCAGGAGCCUGACGCCCCAACUGCAUUGCGGAGAGUGCGCAACUACCCGCACCUGGAGGGCGACGUGCGCUGGCGGCGCCUCUUCUCCUCUACCCACUUUUUCCUGCGUGUGGAUCCCACUGGCCGUGUGCAGGGUACCCGCUGGCGCCACAGCCUGGAGAGCGUGGUUGAGAUCCGUUCUGUCCGCGUGGGCGUCGUUGUCAUCAAGGCUGCGUACUCAGGCUUCUAUGUGGCCAUGAACCGCAGGGGCCGCCUCUAUGGGUCGCGGGUCUACACUGUUGACUGCAGGUUCCAGGAGCGCAUCGAGGAGAAUGGCUACAACACCUAUGCAGCACUGCGCUGGCGCCACCAUGGCCAGCCUAUGUUCCUGGCACUAGACAGGAGGGGGGCUCCCCGGCCUGGUGGCCGGACACAGCGGCACCACCUAUCUACCCACUUCCUGCCUGUCCUGGUCUCCUGA